AUUGAAAAUUUAACCUAACAUUUUGUCACAAGUCACAAUCAUUUUGUUAAUUUAUUUAAACAUCAUGAGAUGAAUUUAUAGUUUAUACUUUUAUAUUUUUAAAGUGAGAAUAAAUAAUAAAUUAUGAGUAUGGCAGAUGCAGAAGCAAGGAGGGCAGCUAGAAGAAGAAAGAUUCUUGAAAACUCUGAAAAUAGAUUGAAAAAAAUCAGUAGUGUAGAAAGUAGAGUUAUUAGGACUGAACUUGAUGGUAUAAAUUUCAAUGCAUCCACUAAUGAGUUUAAUAUUCAGGAGAAUGCCUUACCUAAAUUAGAAAAUUAUGAUAAUUUUAUUGAAGGCAAUGGAGAUAAUCACCUACAUGAAUCUCAUUCAAUGGACAAAAAUCUUGAAACAAUUUUUCAAAAUCCGAGGAUAGCUUUAGAUGAUGAUUCAAUAUCUCAGAUACCUGCCACACGAGAAAGCACUCCUAGACAUUUCUUCAUUAUGAUUAUUCCUAUAUUAAUGAACUUACUUUUAGCCCUUUACAAUAUUUUUCAAAUAGAAAAAGAUUUUCUUUAUUUAAAUAAGAUCUUUCUGCCUUUGAUAGGGUAUGAAAUAUACGAAUAUAUUUUUUCACCCAAUGUUCAUUUCAGUAGUAGUUUAAUAUCAUCUGUUAUACUUUUAUCCAACAGGCCCUAUUCCAGGCAAUUAAAUUUCUUUGUUCGCUACUUUUUGCGAACUGUCCAAGAUGUUAUGAUAUAUUUUUUUGUAUUUUUGGUUUGUCAAUUAUGUACCAAUAUUAUGUUCUUUAAGUUAUAAUUCUACUUUUUAUUUGAAUUUUAUGUCGUGAAGAAUUUUUGUAAGAGGUGUUUGAAAAUACAAGAAUUUAAUUAA